UCUAACUUCCGGUCUCUGCUACUCUCUGCAGAUCUCAUCACUCUCUCUCUCUCUCUCCCUUCCCCUAUUCGAUUCAUCUCCUGCUCCUCCUCCUCUUCACCCUGGCUGGCUUUUGCUGUUCUUGAUUUUUCUCCAGGUCCUGUUCUUGUUUUAGCCUCUCUCUCUCUGUCUCUCUCUCUCUCUCAGUUGGGCCCCACCUCUGACCUCCUCUCAUCCUUCCUCCAUCAUGAUCUCCACAUUCUCCUCCACCCUCCUCCUCCAUUCCUCCUGAUCUGAAACACAAGCACCCAUUUUCUCUCUCUCUCUCUCUCUCUAGAGAAAACAGGGGACGGGGCGCGGCGAUGAUCCAGCUCCUGUUCGCGGCGAUACUCGCCGAAGGGUCGCUGAUACUGCUGCUGCUGUUCAAGACGCCGCUGCGGAAGCUGGCCAUAGUGGGUCUGGAUCGGGUCAAGCGCGGUCACGGCCCGGUGGUGGUCACGACGGUGGCCGCCACGGUCUGCGUCGUGCUGGGCUCCGGCGUGUACAGCAUGGUCAAGAUCCGGAGGCGCGGGGCCGAGGACGGCGGCGGGGCCGCCAACCCGACGGACCAGGUCCUCAUGGCCAAGCACCUGCUGGAGUGCACUCUGAUGGGAGCCACCUUGUUCCUUGCUUUGAUGAUAGACAGACUGCAUCACUACAUCAGAGAGCUCCGGUUACGAAGGAAGAGCAUGGAGGCUGUGAAGAAACAGACCCGAGCCUUUGAGGAUGGGAAAAACGGGAACUUAGAGGAGCUCAAGAACUUGGAGGAGGAAACAAGGGUCUUGAGAGAAAAAGUCAAGCAGCUGGAAUCGGAUCUUGAUACGAGAACCAAGGACGUGCAUGCCGCAGAAGCCAACUCGGUUGCUCUGAGGAAACAGUCAGAAGGGUUCCUUCUCGAGUAUGACCGCCUGCUCGAGGAAAACCAAAACUUGCGGAACCAGCUGCAAUCGCUGGAUCGGAAAUUUUCACGUUCAGGAAGCAAGAAGAAUACCUGAGAGGCUAACUAAUCUUUUCGGUGUAGACAUGAACUCUUCAUUUCACUAUAUUCUUGGCUUCAUUUCACUCAGUUCUUGUUUUCUUAGUGUGUAUAUUUUGGAAGCUGAGGCAUUUGUUCAGGUUGGUUAUACCUGCGGUUGAAUCACAUUUGGGUUUGUUAAGGAUGAAGAGGGAAAAGGGGGACAAAGGUUGGGAAAGGAGAAACAACACGAAUUUAUUUAUCCUGUGCUUUUCUCGGUGCUGGAUUAUAUUUCUUGUUUGGUUCAUUACACUUUAAACCUUGAAUGUUAGGAAUUUUCUUCUUCA